CUGGCGAAACCGACCAUGAUUGCUCGACCUGGAGCGUAGGUAUUGACAUUGCUUUACAUAUUCCGCCAUGUUCAUUGCCUGCAGUUGUGGCAUAAGAGCUACUGAGAGCUACUGAACCCGUUUUAUUCGUUUGAUCCUCAUCGCAAUUGUCUGCUGGAUUAUUUAUUGAACCGCCUGGAAAAUAAAUUGAAACAGCAUCAGAAGAGGGUGUUUUGAAGCCACAAAGUUUUAGGUAAAAAUCAUCAUCGCCGUGCAAGGAUUUAUUUCCAGCUACGAGGUUUAUGGUGGUGUGUUGUGUUAUGCAGCACUCUCUGCUCCUCGCCGUAGCCUGCCUUGGUCUCAGCUUGGCAGCUCAGGAGGCACACUACAGAAAGGAUGCUGUUUCGACACCCAGCAGACCUCAGAUAUACUACUGCCGCUCAUCUAACAUGGAGACCUUCACAUGCUGGUGGCACCCGCUCGAAAAUACCUCCACUAGCAACGAGAAGGUCAACUACACAUUUCUGUACACUUUAGAGAAUAACCAUCAGCCACAGGAAUGUCCAGAUUACGUGAGCGGUGGGCCCAACAGCUGCUACUUCGACAAGGCACACACACGUGUCUGGGAGAUGUACUGCAUGAACGUUUCUGCAAGAACCAGCAGAGGGACGUUCACCUCAAAACAGUACUGUGUGGACGUGGCUGACAUCGUGGAAAUAGACCCACCUUUCAACCUGACGUACACCUUGAUGAACGAGAGCGAGGGAGAAGCAGGCCGCACUGCGCAGGUGUCCUGGUCCUACCCGAUCCCCGCGCACGUGCACAUCGGCUGGAUAACGCUGGUCUACGAGCUGCGCUUCAGGCCGGCAGCAGACCCGGACAACUGGAAGGUGAAAGGUUUACUGCGUGAGCCGCAACUAGAACUGCUAGACCUCCCAGCAGGCAGCUAUGAAGUGAUGGUCCGCUGCCGAUCCCAAAACAACCGCAUCUGGAGCCAGUGGAGUUCCCCUCUCACCAUCACCGUUCCAUCCAGACACACAGCAGAUCGCAUGCUGGCGCUGAUCUUGAUCGUUGGGGUCGGGGUCAUGGCCUUCCUCAUCAUCGGCUUUGGGGUCAUACCACAGAGCAAAAGGAUCGUAGCCCUUCUCCUUCCACCUAUUCCUAAGCCCCGCAUCAGAGGCCUGGACCCGGUACUUCUGAAGAGGGGGAAAAUGGAGGAGAUCAAUCGUCACUUCUCGUCGUUCCAUGGCUACAAAUCUCCGCAGUAUCUUGAGGAGACCUGGUACCAGGUGUACACCGACGACAGCUCCUCCCACCCCUGCCUUCCGCCUCAGCCCAUUGGUCCUCCCGUGGUCCCCAGCGCAGAGCAGCCCAAUGAGCAGCCGGCCUCCCUGCUGACCCCGCGCACCCAGCAGCAGGCCCCGCCGCCCGGCGAGGACUCACGCGACCGUCCUGGUGCCACCGCCGCCACCGACAUCCCUGCGUCCUACGUCACCGAGUCCAUGGACAUCCCGGCGUUCCCUCCUCCUCCUCCGACCGCUGUUGCUCCGUGGGCCACCGGUUUCUCCUCCUCCAACCCGCCGCCGUUCGGCUCCCCUCAUCCCACGCAGCAGGUCACCUUUCCCACGAGCAUGGGCUACAGCUUGGUGGUCAACUCUCCGCACGGCCCCGUGCCUCUCUCGUCCCUGCCGGCCCUGCACGACUUCUACACCUGCGUCAACGUGGUCAGCUCCAGCGGGGCGGUGCAGCUGGUGCCGUGUGUCCCGGGAAUGCCACGCCAUCAGGCCGGAGCGCCGCACGCGGAGCUGGGCUCCCAGAAGAACGGCCAGCUGGUGGAAUAUAUGGCCAAGAAGGAAGAGCUGUCCAACGGAAGUGCCUGUCUAGGUCAGGGAGAGGUCGGCGGAAAGCAAGGGUUAAACUCAGAGCUGGCUACAGACCUAUUAUCCCAGUCAAAGUAAAAUAAGAUCAAAUGAAAUAAAAUAAGGUUAUACUUUAGUUAUAUUCUCACGUACACUCUAAAACUCUAUGUGUAUUCACACAUACAGUACUCCAAAUUAACUUUUAUACAGUGCAAUGGGUACAGUUCUCAGAGAUCCACAGAUGUGACAUCAGGUAUGCCAAGUUUCAGAUGUCAUACUGCCACUACCACUUGUCUGUCACAAGUUCAGGCUUUUACAUCAUUUAGUCUUGAAAUAUAACUUGCAACCAGUUGGCCCUGGAAGGAACAAUACUGAAAACGAGGUGGUGUAGGGAGAAUAGUGAGCUGUGUUUUGAUACUCGGUGGUGUUUUAAACAUUUAGAGUCUGAUUUUUUUUUAUCAGAGAUUAAGAGAGUGUGUAUUUGUUGAAAUAUGUAACUCGCAUCGAAGGCCUUUCUUCAGAGAAUAACUGUGGCAUGUCUCCCUGCUGUGUUUAGCAAAUUAGCUCCACGCUAAUCCCUCUACUUUCCAUGCAGUUUUGUAAGUUCCCAAGUGGCAUACCAAGCCCAGCCCACCCCCCGAGACUUUCAGAACACUGUGAACAGAAUGAAACACACAGUAAUGAUAACUUCAUUUCUGGAGCAGCAUUUGUCGUAAUUAAGAGAUUUAUAUUUAAUGUAUAGCUAUCAGUUGCUUGAAACACUCCCACUCUUCAUCUGCCACCUCGGCGUAAGGUUCAAGGAUGGGAGGUGUGGGUGAGUUUAGUCUGUAAUGUCGCACCGUA